UGAUUUAAUUUUUAAUUUGGGGGAGAAAUGAAGAGGUUGAGAUCCAGCGACGAUCUCGAUUCCUUCAGUAAGGAUCCGAAUCCUAACCCGAACCCGAGCUCCAACCCCGGCCGGACCUCCUCCUCCUCUUCGCACCGGAGCUUCUACUACAAGCCAGAUACUGUGCGCAAGGGUUUGCUCUCUUCGUCCUCCUCCGCAUCUUCUAAAGGGCCGGCUCGCUCCUACGAUGAUCGGGAACCGGCCGGCUCCGGCGGCGGGUCCAGAACUGUCCGGAAGAGGACGGAGCACGAGUUCGACGGUUUCGAUAGGAGGAAGGGGACCGAUCGGUACAACAGAGAUGGCGGAGGGUACGAUCGUAAUUUGAUGCACCGGUCCGAGAGCUUCUCCGCGUCGAGGAGGUCGCCGGCGGAGUUUCCGAAAGGGUUUCGAUCGGAGCGGGACAGGUCCAGGCGCGAAGGCAGCGGGAGCGGAGCGUUGUCGUGGCGUAGGUUCGGGAAGGAGUUCGAGGAGAGAGGAGGAGGGAAGGGGUUGAGGGACGUGAGGUCGCCGACGUGGUCGAAUUCGAGGGAUUCGGGGAGCGAGCAGUCUAGGGUUAGGUCUCCGGUGAGGAGGUUUAGGGAUGGGAAGGGGUCGAAAUCGGAGUCGAAGUCCAAGUCUCCGACUUGGUCCAAGGACUCGGUGGGGAGUGAGCAGUCGAAGAGUGUUGAGGUGAGGAAGAAGGAGACGGAGGCGGAGGCUGAAGAGAUUCAGGGUGAGCAGCCAAAGAGUGUUGAGGUGAGGAAGAGAGAGACGGAGACGGAGACGGAGGAGGUUCCGGUGGAGCGGCCAAAGAGUGUUGAGGUGAGGAAGAGGGAGACGGAGACGGAGACGGAGACAGAGGAGGUUCAGGCUGAGAAGGGGAGUAGGAGUAGUAGUGAAAUGGAGGAGGGUGAGCUUGACCCUGAAGCUGGAGCUGGUGGUGGAGGUGAGCCCCAAUUGGGCCUUGAAGGCGGAGCUGAAACGGAAGAAGCACAGAUCCGAAGCGCUGUCUUUGGUACAGAUACAGAUAAGGUUGAGGAGAAAGCUGAGACUAUGGAUAAACAAGAGGCUAGGGAGGAGAAAGGCGAGUCCUCGGAUAAACAAGAGGUGAAAGAUGAAAAUAAAGGGAGUGUGUGUGAAAGGCAAGAUGAGGAGGAGGAGAAGAAAGAUGAUGACUUACCAAAUAGCGAGAUCGAUAUGAUUGAUCAAAGCGGGAAUGUGGAAGCUCGUGAAGAUGAGGGAAAAGGGAGUUUCAGGGAAGGUGAUGAAGAAGUGGUCGUGGAGAUUCCGAAGGAAUUGGAAAAGGAACCAAAGCAAGAUAAGGGAAUAGACCUUGAAGUGAAGGCGGAGGAUGAUGACGACGAAAUGACAGAGUCAGAUAAGGUGGCAACCGAGGAUGAGGAGGAUAAUGAAGUGGUUAAGCUGAAUACGGUGGAUAUGAGUAUGAGUUUGAGUCAGAAUUUUAAGGAUAAAGGUAAAAGCGUGGCCGUGGCACCAGCCGAUCUGGUGGAUUCAGCUGAAGAUGGUCGGUGGACUGGCAGAGAAUCCAGAGAGCUGCUCACUGGCAUGGAAAAUGAUAUGGAAGGACCCAGCAGUAGGGGUUUCGAGUUGUUUUCAAGCUCUCCGGUUAGGAGACAGGAGAAGGCUGAUCAAUCUGGUGCUAGUAUGAAGGAUGAGAAGCUGGCACUUGAGCCUCUUGAUCUUUCUCUUAGCUUGCCUAACGUUUUGUUACCCAUUGGUGGCGCAGCUCCUGGUUCUCCUGAUCAAUCAAUGAGUGUUCAGUCUCUAAGUAAUACUUUUCGUACUAACUCUGAUGGAUUUACUCAGUCAGUAUCCUUUUCAGGCUCGCAGUCGUUUUAUCACAACCCUAGCUGUUCGCUAACCACCCAGAAUUCGAUGGACUUUGAACAGUCCGUUAAAAGUCGUCCCCUUUUCCAGGGAAUUGAUUGGCAGGCACUCGCUCAGAGUGAGGCUAAGGGUAAAGAAGUUCCUUGGCAAGCACUCACUCAGAAUGAUACUAAGAGUAAAGAAGUCCCUUUGUAUCAAAGAAUCUUGAUGAAUGGAAACGGGUCUCAACAACAACAGUCUCAAGCAUCGCAAGGCAUUCCAAAUGGUCAGUUGGGCCAAGGGCAACAACAUCUUAGACAUCCUGAAGGGAGCCCUAAAGUGGCGAAUGGAAUGGAAAGGCAGCUGAGCUUCCACAAGCAAUUGUCAGGAGGACAGGCAAGGAACCAUGAGGAUGUUAGAUCACCUUCAAAUAGCGUUGGAUCUCAUGAAAUGGGAUCAAACUAUAGUUUUGACAGGAAACGACUAAUGAGAGAGAAAAGUAGUGGUAGUUUAUAUAGGACUAGCAGUCAGAAGGAGCAAGAGCAGUUUCUCAUUGGUGGAGCUGAUUUUGUGGAGACAAUCGUUGCGAGGAUUGUCUCCGAUCCCAUACAUGUAAUGGCUAGAAAGUUUCAUGAGAUGACAGGACAAUCCGCUUCAUGUGUGAAGGAGACCAUUCGCGAUAUGAUGUUAAAUAUGGAUAAGCGCAUGCAACUAUUUGCAUUCCAGAAGGCACUGCAGAGCAGGUCUGAUAUAACCAUGGAGAUGCUACUAAAGGCUCAUCGUGCGCAACUGGAAAUCUUGGUUGCUCUGAAGACUGCUCUACCGAAUUAUCUCCAGCCAGAGAAUGGUGUAUCAUCUUCUGAGUUAGCUGAAAUUUUUCUGAACUCAAGAUGCAGAAAUCCUUCUUGUCGGAGUUCUGUGCCUGUGGAUGAAUGUGAUUGCAAAGUUUGUUCGCAAAAGAGUGGUUUUUGCAGUACAUGUAUGUGUCUUGUGUGCUCAAAGUUUGACAUGGCCUCGAAUACAUGUAGUUGGAUUGGGUGUGAUGUUUGUCUCCAUUGGUGCCAUGCGGAUUGUGCAUUGCGGGAAUCUUAUAUUAGAAAUGGACGCAGUGCUACUGGAUCCCAAGGGACGACCGAGAUGCAGUUUCAUUGUGUGGCCUGCGAUCAUCCUUCUGAGAUGUUUGGCUUUGUGAAGGAGGUUUUUCAGAAUUUCGCAAAGGAUUGGACAAUGGAAAAUCUUGCUAGGGAACUUGAAUACGUUAAGAGAAUAUUUGGUGUCAGCAAGGACAUGAGAGGGAGAAGACUUUAUGAAAUUGCUGAUCAAUCACUGGCAAGACUGGUAAACAAGUCUGACCUUCCGGAGGUUUACAGUUAUGUCAUGGCUUUUCUCGCGGACGCUGACAGUUCCAAGCUAGGGAAAACACCUGUUUUAUCGACGAAGGAUCAUAGUAAAGUUAGCAAUGGGAUUGCUGGGCCAAGCCAGGAACCCGCAUGGCUGAAAUCUGUAUAUACAGAGAAGUCCUCUAAGUUGGAGACUGCAGCAAACAUUCAUCCUAGCUUUAACUACGAUCAGCAUGAUAAACGCCUAUUGGAGAUGGAGUUUCACACCAGUGCCCAAAAAGAACCUCUUUUCGAUGAGCUGGAGAGCAUUGUGAGGAUCAAGCAGGCUGAAGCGAAAAUGUUCCAAACACGAGCAGAUGACGCAAGAAGGGAUGCCGAGGGACUUAAACGCAUAGCGAUGGCAAAGAAUGAAAAAAUUGAAGAGGAAUAUAGGAGCAGAAUAACAAAGCUGCGCUUGGUCGAGGCAGAGGAAAUGCGCAACAAGAAAGUCGAAGAAGUACAAGCUCUAGAUCGAGCAUAUCGUGAAUACUCCACCAUGAAGAUGAGAAUGGAAGCAGAUAUAAAGGAUCUCUUGCUAAAGAUGGAAGCGACGAAGCGGAACCAUUCCUUGUGAUUGGCAGACGAAGAGGAGUUCCGAUAGGGUUUUCGAUGUGGCGGGUAACCGUAACCUUGGGCGUGCUGAUAGUUUUAUGUUGUACCUUGUAAUGUAGUGUUUUUAUAGCUCCAAUUAGGUUAUGUUCUUCAGAGUUUCUGUUGAAUUUGUUUCAUGAACCACUAACCAGAAUCUGUACAGAGAGAUUGCCUUGUCUCUUUUAUUUUGGUAUGAAGCAGUGUUCCUAUUUAUGAUUUA